CGGCAGCAGAAGUAGUCCCGGGAUGGCCAACAACCAAGUGAAGAACCUGCAGAAUGAGGUGGAAGGUGUAAAGAAUAUCAUGACCCAGAAUGUGGAGCGGAUUCUGGCAAGGGGCGAGAAUCUUGACCACCUACGCAAUAAGACGGAGGACCUGGAGGCUACGUCGGAACAUUUCAAGACUACCUCGCAGAAGGUGGCGCGCAAAUACUGGUGGAAGAACGUCAAGAUGAUCGCCAUAAUCUGUGUCAUCGUUACUAUCAUCGUUAUUCUGAUUAUCCUCUUUGCUACUGGCACUAUCAAAACUUAAGCCUUCUUCCCACCCUUGGAUGUUUUCUGUGUCUUCUAUACCACCUUCUCCCUUGUUCGCCGAAAUUUCUAACUGAACCAUUUGGCCGAGCACUGCCAUCAAAGGGCUUUGGGCAUUCCCUAAGGAUACCACCCCUCACUUGCUUCCACGUUGUGCAGAGGGGUAUCCCAUCACACUCCCAGCUGCCCCACUGUUCCUUUCCUCGGCCUCACAACA